AGAAAGCCAGUCAAGUGUUGAAAUAACAAAGCUCCGGAUUGAUCACGUGAUGUGGUGUGCAUUUCAAUUCAUACAGAACGCUGACCAAACCAGGUCGGUACAAUUGCAUCCGUUGAGUGGAAGAGCACUUAGUUUUACGUGAAUAAUUUCAUUCCAGGACCUUUUUGACUGACCGCCAAGGACUCCCCGUGCAGAUAAAUAGUUGAACAACGCAUCUGAAAGGAUUUUUAUCAUCGCUUACAGCUUCAAACUUUGGUCCGUUGUGGGUACAUGUUGGUCUAUUGUUGAGAACUGGUGAAUCGAGUCCAACAUGGCGUCGUUUAGUAAAUUUAAAGCUUAGAUUUCUGUUUAAGCAACUGAAGGAUGUGAUCCAAGUACUCCGGAGGUAGAAGAAGAAUAAUAUGGAGUGUGAACGUACAGUGGAUUAGCUUAAAUGCUUGAGAAAUGAACGAUGUGUCGCUAUUCGCACUAUUGUUCCAAAGGGACGUGUAUCAGUCCGUGGAAUGUUUGUCUCUUCAGAACUAAACUUUGGCUAUGGUAUAUGGUGUUAUUAUGGGCGACAAGUGUGUUUGAUCCUCAUUCUCGUUACUCAAAUGCAUCAACGGUGGUCACGACCACUUUUUAUAUUUCUGAGGGGCUGCCUAACGGAUCUUUUGUCGGCAGCGUGUCACACUUCACUUUCGAUUUUGUGUUUGUACAGGCGGGUAGUAAGGAUUCUACUGAUUUGCGCGUUGACACAGUACGGAACAUAAUCACAACCGAAGCUGUUUUAGAUCGUGAAAAGGUUCCAAUUUACACCAUCUCGUUACUCGAUUCUUCCACUGGAGCUUCGUCUACUGUUCGGGUCAAUGUAACCGAUUUGAACGAUAACAGUCCUUCCUUCUUACGCGCUGUUUACAAUUUGGAAUUUACCGAGGGCAGGAGUGUACUGCAAAGUCUCAAGGCCACGGACAGAGAUUUUGGCUCAAACUCCACACAACAGUACUCAAUUUUAUCAGGAAAUAUUGGAGGUGUUUUUGUGUUAAAACUUUUCACCGAUCGGUAUGGAGCAACAUGCGCAAAUUUAGUUUUAGCGGCCGGAAAAGAACUUGAUCGUGAAACGCGUGACUCGUAUAUGUUGAACAUUUCAGCAAGCGAUGGAGGCAACCCCCCUCGACGGGGCUUCACGCUGCUAAAUAUUACAGUAGGAGAUGCGAAUGAUAACAGACCGAUCUUUACAAACAGAUCGUAUUCAAUCUACGUUAGAGAAAAUUCACCUAUUGGCACUUCGAUUGGUAAAGUUUUCGCUUCUGAUGAGGAUAUUGGCGCGUUUGCUCAAGUCGUGUAUUCGAUCGAUCGCAGUUCGCGCUCGGAUCCUAAUAGCGUCUUUAGUAUUGAUGCUAACACUGGUGUUUUGUAUAAUAUUAGGUGGCUUGAUUAUGAAAGCGUUCGUGAGUACAAAAUCUAUGUUCGAGCAGAGAACGCUGGUGCGCCGUUCAUGAACGAUGAAGUACCAGUGACAAUUCAUGUUCUGGACGAAAACGACAACAAACCUGAUAUUCGAAUUGAAUUUGCGAUCAACGACUAUUAUCAGGUUUUGGAAAAUGCCACCAUUGGAACAACGGUGGCACGAAUUUAUGUUUCUGACAAGGAUUCUGGUGUAAAUGGAGAAGUUGAUGUAGAAAUAGAAGCAGGAAAUGGGCAUUUUAGUUUAAGAUCAGACCCAGCUAAUAAUGUUGAUAUUAUCGCUGUGGCAAAGGAACUGGACCGGGAAACACAGUCAUCAUACAAGGUGAGAAUUUUUGCCAAAGACCGAGGACAACCCCGGCAAGUUUCACAAGAUGGCUUUAUAGCAAAUGUUGGAGAUGUUAAUGAUAAUUCACCCAAAUUUGAUCAAGCGGUAUUCACCGCUGUUCUGUCUGAAAAUGCUACCAUUGGGACUACUGCUGUUGUUGCCCAUGCCACUGAUAGAGAUGCUGGCUUAAACGCCAAGUUAACCUAUAACAUGACUUACCUGCCAGAGGAUUCUCUAUACUUUACAUGGUUCCAAAUUAAUUCCUCAACUGGUGAAAUAAAAACAAUGGCAUUGUUAGAUCGUGAGAAAGUUCCAAGGCCGGUGCUUCAUGUCACGGUGACUGAUUCUGGUGUUCCGCCAUUAAGUGCUAACUGUACAGUGUUCAUUAACAUAAGUGACACUAACGAUAAUGAUCCAGUGUUUACCAAGCCUGUAUACCUUGCCUCUGUCGAUGAGAAUACAGCCAAUGGCACGCUAGUCACUCAAGUUUCAGCAGAAGACAUUGAUAGUGGUUUAAAUGGAGUUGUGCAAUAUUCCUUAGAAGAUUUCCAAAAGGAAUUCCCAUUUGCUAUAAAUCCUAGUACUGGAGUUGUAACAACAUCUGGUCCUAUUGACUAUGAACUUCAUUCCUCAUACCAUGUGAGAGUGCUAGCAACAGACGGUGGAGGCCGUGUUUCAAGGUCUGAUCUGAAUGUCUCUGUUGUAGAUGUAAAUGACAACUAUCCAAUAAUCAGUCCAGCAUCUUAUAACGUCACAGUGUAUGAAAACUUAACUGUCUCAGAUACUGUGGUAAAUGUCAUGGCAAAUGACUCUGACAGUGGUAUCUUCUCGCGUUUAACCUUUGCUUUUUCCAGUGGGAAUGGUAAUGGCAACUUUUACAUCAAUUCAUCCACUGGAGUAGUGACUCUUUUAAAACCACUUGAUCGUGAAACAGAGGACUUUCAUCAGUUUGAAGUAGAGGUUACUGAUGGUGGUGGAUUAAAAUCCAAACAUUCUGCCAUUGUACGAGUGACAGUUUUAGAUGUGAAUGAUGAGCCUCCUGUGUUUGAGCCCAGUUUUUACAACUUCACCAUCAUUGAAAAUUCUGAUGUUCAUACAGUCUUGGGAUCAGUCCAUGCAUCAAGUAAAGACCUUGGAACAAAUGCCGACAUUUACUACUCAAUCAAAGGUGGGAAUGUGGACAAUGUGUUCACAAUCAACUCAACUGGUACAAUUUUUACGCAGGGUAGCAUUGACCAUGAAAAGACCCCCUACCUGUUGGUAACCAUACAGGCCAAGGAUGGUGGUUUCCCACCCCUGUUUGGGUUUGCAAAUGUUAGUUUAACAGUCAUUGAUCUCAACGACAACAGCCCAUCAUUUUCGAGCAAUCAAAUUUAUGUCAAUAUUUUGGAAGAUACCAGAGUGGGACAAGUGUUUUACAAUGUGACUGCACAAGACUCUGAUAGUGGAAUAUUUGGUCAAGUGCGUUAUACACUUCUUUUCAAUCCCAAUAACACAUUCAAGUUGGAUCCUUACACUGGAGCCUUGUCUCUUACGCAUGCUAUUGACUUUGAAGGACCCAGACAAUACACAAUCCAAGUCUUGGCAGAAGAUGGGGGGUCCCCAUCAUUAAAUGCAACUGCUACUUUCAAGUUAACUGUUGUUGAUGUGAAUGACCAUCCUCCAAGAUUUCCCAACUCAUCUUAUAUUGCUCAUGUAAGCGAGGGUGCAGGCGGUGUGACAGACAUACUAAAUGUUUUGGCGACAGAUGCUGAUACUGGUGAUAAUGCCAGGAUUUCGUACAGUUUUCAAGCAGGGGUGGACACCAGCUUGUUUGGCAUAGAAUCUGAUGGGACUAUCUUCCGUAAAAAAGAUCUAGAUCGUGAACAGAAUGCUGUCUAUCAGUUCCGAGUUGUUGCCACUGACCAGGGAAAUCCACCCAAAAGUUCUACAGCAGAUGUUACAAUUUAUGUUGAUGAUAUCAAUGACAAUGACCCUAGAUUUACAUUGCCAUCUUACUUUUUCCAAGUCUCGGAGAACUCAAGCAACAGAACACGUGUUGGUCAGGUGUCAGCAACAGAUAGAGAUGCUGGAAGCAAUGCCAAAAUAUCUUACACUUUUGAAUUUUCCAGUCAGCACUUUGUGAUCGAUCGUGACACAGGAGUCAUAAGAACCAACCAAGUCCUUGACAGGGAGACCCAGGCAUCCUAUGUUAUGACAGUUGUGGCAAGUGACCAUGGAGUGAGUCCCAGAAGAGACAAGACCAGUGUCACAGUGCGUGUUGAGGACCUCAAUGACAACAAACCCACCUUCAGGAAACUUUCAUAUGAGAAAGCAGUGGCUGAAAAUAUCCCAGCCGGAUCCUCUGUUAUCAAGGUAAGGAAAUAUCCUUUCAUAAUUAUCCAUUAACUGAUAUCAAGAUGUCUGUUCUCUGUUCAUUUCCAGUGGUGCUAAUGAGGGAAUUAGUUUCAGUGAUCAUUUUCUUUUUUCUCAAUACCGUGUGUUAGUUUAGACGGAAUUAUUAUCAGGAGCAAUUAUUUGCUUGUCACUGGCACAACAGUACAGGUUAAACAAAAGUCAAAGCCCACAAAAAAAUGUAUCGUCCUUAUUCUUCAGAAUUAUUCAAAACUUCAAAAUUCAAUCCUAGGAAAAUGCAAAACGAGUAUUAUUAAUGUUUAACGGCUGUCUUUGAUAUCAGACAAGAAUGAGGCUUAAUUAUGUCCUCAGAUGUUUGCGGCGAAAAUCUCCAAAACUCACGAUGUAUUUUAAGCAUGAAGACGGCGAAAUAAAGCGUUUUUAAGCCAUUUAAUGAAUUCGUAGUCAACCAAAUCUAAAUUCUCUGGUAGUGUCCAUUGUCUUGGAAGAGGAAAUGAAAAUGAUCAAAAUGAAAAUCAAAAUUACUUUGCUGGUCUAAACUUGUGGAAAAUUUGAAACCGCAAAAUAUUCUUCGAUCAUUCUCUCCAUCACUUUAACUCUGGAGUACCUCCCCCUGGGCUCCGCCCCUAGUCUUGAUUUCUCUUGACAAGUUGUAUUACAAUUGGUUUUGCAGUUAUCUUAAAACCUAGUUGUAGCUGUAAUGCGUGUUUUCUGGCUGAUCACAUUAGAAUGCAGGGUCACGUUUUAAAGAGGCUGUCUGUGACACGGCUGUCUGGUUCACUUUGUUGAUAGAACUAAAAACAUGUCCUUAUUGAAGUGUCAGCGGAAAGAUUACUGACAAAUAAUAGAAUCACGGCUUCAUGUCAACCAAAUAUGACUCCCAAGCAUUUUAUCAAACGUCAAAAAAUCACCAAACCUUAAUCAGGGUUCGUACAGGUCAUGGAAAACCAUUUUCCAGGCCUGGAAAGUCAUGCCAUGGAAAAUUGAAGUUAUGUUUGGUAGAUUAGUUUAACUGCAGAUGUCAAGCAAGCACGAUGUACGAUAGAGACGCAAACGGCAUCCAUUGUGGUAGAGACAAAGUUUGUGUCUGUUGAACCGAGUUAGGUUAAAAAAUAAGGAAAGUUUUGAAAUUUUUGUCUAUUGUUUAUUUUUUUAUUUAAAAAUAUUUAAUUGACGAAGUUUGCGUUAAGAGUAACAAAAAAAAAACUCAUCGAGAGGGCUCACAAAGUCGAAAGUGACAGAAUUAAUCUUAGAAUCACGGAAAACUUGGAAAGGUCAUGGAAAAAAUCAUUGAAAGUCAUGGGAUCUGAAGAGCUCAAAGGAGUACAAACCUUGUUGGUAAAGAAGUAUUUGAGCUUAUGGAGACAGCCAAAAAAAGCGUUUUUAAGCUAUUCGUUGAUUUUGUAGUUAGUCAAAUGUGAACUGUUUUGCUUGUUGUAGCCGGUUGUAAUACAAUUUCGUUAAGAGAUAUCAAGACCAGGGGUGGAGCCUAGAGGGAGUGGGGGGUACUCCGGAAUGAAAAUGACAGAGAUAAUCGAAGGGCUUUUUGGGGGAUUUCAAAUUUUCUAGUUCGGAAUUCUUUUGGGUAGGAAAAUUUGGCAAAUAUUUUUGGGUACUUUGAUUUAAGUAGUGGGUCUUUUAGAAUUAAAAGCAAAAAAAUUACUUGCCAAUUGUGGCAAAAUCUUAGAUUCAUGUCAAACAAAUAUGUCUUCCAAGCAUUUUAACAGUGAAAUGUCAUAGCAAGCAACACUGAAAGAUGAACUUUGAAAGACUGUAAGGCUAACAGGCUUUCGUAAACCACACUUGCAAUCCGUUUUAAUCUUCUUUAUUUAUCUCCAUCCGUGCUUGUUUUGUAUAUGCUGUGUUAUCCAUGCCUUCUUUUAAUGUUUUGAGCUGGUUUUUUUUGUUUCGCUCAAUUUGAUGACAGUUCCCUCCUUUCGAAUUUCGAUAAAUUUCGUGACACAGUUCCUUUAAAUUUCUCAAAAUAUUUUUGCAGGUUAUCGCGGAUGAUCCAGAUGAAGGUUCAAAUGGUGACAUCAGCUAUUACACAGCAAGUGGUCACAUUCAUUCGGACACCACCAUGUUUAAUGUGGAUGCUCAAACAGGUGAUAUUACAACCGCAGCGAGGUUGGACCGCGAGAAAAAGGACCGAUAUACUCUGUACAUCGUAGCAAAAGACCACGGAUCCCCACCAAAUGACAACAUUGUUACGGUCAUUAUUCAUGUGCUGGAUGAGAAUGACAACCCUCCGCGCUUCCUCAACAACAGUUUCUUUGUGAAUGUCCAAGAGAAGCUUCCGGUUGGAACUGUCGUGACCAGUGUGACAGCUAAAGACAUCGAUGCAGGCAACAAUGGUGAGGUGCGUUACACAAUUGAUCAAGGUAAUAGUGGGUCAGUAUUUCAAAUCAACGCGACUUCCGGGGUUAUCACCCUUCAAAAGCAGCUGGAUUUUGAGCGAAAGAACAAGUAUCUGUUGAGGGUUGUAGCCAGAGACCAAGGUCUAAACAGCCGCAGCAGCUUCCUGUUCGUGACUGUUUACGUGUUGGAUUCCAAUGACAAUAUGCCCACUUUUGAUAAGAACCCGGUCACUGUAUCCUUGUAUGAAGGCGUUCCUAAGAACCACAAUGUGACGCAAAUCAUAGCACACGAUUACGAUUCCGGUCAGAACAGCUGGAUUCGGUACUCAAUCGAUUCGCAAUCGCCAGCCACAAAAUUCACAGUCGAUUCAUCGAGUGGUGUGGUCCAGACCAUCGGAGAAAUCAAUCGUGAGUCGGUUGACGAGUACACAUUAACCAUCCGAGCGACUGAUCAAGCUUUCACUGAAUCCGAGCGUUUAUCUAGUACUAUAACGCUGUUUAUCAUUGUGUUAGACAGGAAUGACAAUAAGCCAGAUUUUGUGUCACCAAAUUUUACGUUCGUGAUGGAAGACGAACCCUUCAGUUACCCCAUAAUUACCAUUACCGCUAUAGACCAAGAUUCUGGUGAUAAUGCACUAGUAAGAUACAGAAUAGAGCACGGAGACAACGGGGAGUUUGGCUUAGAUCCUGUCACUGGUCUGUUAAAACUGAACCGCAGGCUGGACUAUGAAAGCAAACCAAAGUACAUCUUGAACAUUUCUGCUACAGAUCAAGGUACUCCGGCUCUUUCCUCCUAUCAGCUGCUGACCAUAUAUCUCGUGGACGUAAACGACAAUGCGCCGCAGUUUAACCAGAGUCUGUACCUCGGUGACGUUAGGGAGAAUGUACCAGUUGGUACUUCUGUGAUGCAGAUUAGUGCUUAUGACGCAGACAGUGGUUCAAACGGCGCGUUAAGCUACAGCAUCCCAAGGGGUGCGGUGAAGUCCAACUUCGCUAUUGAAGGAAAUAGUGGUGUGAUUUCCACGAAUUUUACGCUGGAUCGCGAAGAAAAAGAUGAAUACUUCCUGACAGUGUAUGCUACAGACAACGCGUUUCCUUUCCAUGUGGCUACAUGUACCGUGAAAAUAACAGUGUUGGAUGAGAAUGAUCACGCGCCUACAUUCAACCCCACGCGCUUGAAUUUAACUGUGAUGGAAAACCGCAGCCCGUACAUGUUUCAUGUCUUAGCGGCUCAAGAUCCUGAUGUGGACCAAAAUGGCCGCUUACGCUAUGUUAUAAAACGUGGCAACGAAGAUGGAAAAUUUAAGAUUGAUGGGUUUACUGGGGAGCUUUCUUCGACAGCUAGCCUUGACAGAGAAAGAAAAGCUCAGUAUAAUCUUGAGAUCGAAGCAAGCGACCUUGCCUCGCCAUUCCACAAUUCCAGCGCUUUCGUGACAAUUUUCGUUGGAGACGAGAAUGACCAGACCCCAAGGUUCCUAAAAUCAUCUUAUGAGGUUAGCAUUCCGGAGCUUACACCUGUUAACUCUCCUAUUAUCAACGUGACAGCUACCGAUAGCGACUUGGGACUAAACGGACAAGUGGUGUAUUCCCUAAGCAAUAAAACGUUUGGUAUCUUCAGGAUAGAUUUCAAGACUGGAGUGAUCUACACUCUGCAGGAGUUUGACUUCUCGGUCAAGCAGGAGUACUUCUUUAACUGUUAUGCAACGGACCGGGGCGUUGUACCGAGGCAAGCGUCAAUUGAAGUGAAGGUUUCUAUCGUUGAUGAGAACAACCACGCCCCUGUGUUUGAGAGGCUACCCUAUAAGACAGAGGUGCAGUCUGUUUCACAAGGGGCAGUGCUCGUAACAGUACGCGCCACAGACAGGGAUUCUCCGUCUGUAACUCAUCUGACCUACAGACUCAUAAACAGUUCGUCGCAGCAGUAUUUUGAACUGUCAAGCAACUCUGGAGAGCUGAGAGUCAAACAAGGCGUUUCAAACGUUCCAAACGGAGCUUAUAUUUUACACAUCCUCGCAGAUGAUGGCAACUUCACAGGAAGAGGAAUUGUAGAGAUUUUCGUCGGUCCAAUCACAGGUGUCCAACCAAGGUUCCUAAACAGUACACCAGCGUACGUCUCCCUUGCCGAGAAUAGCGCGAGGAAUCACGAAGUAACACGAGUACUUGCUACCUCGACUGGGUCAGCUGCUAUCUAUAGUAUAGUCGAUGGCAACGCGGGUAACGCCUUUUAUAUUCAUCCUCAAAGUGGUGUCGUGACAGUUGCUAAUCCAUCUCAACUCGACUUUGAAAGACUUCGCUCCAUUCGCCUUCAUAUUAUUGCGUCACUACCGUCGUCACGCAACGCCUACUUAACACUGUACGUGAACUUGACAGAUGUAAAUGACAACAAACCGGUAUUUUAUCCUGCCAAUAGGUCUGUUCAACUCCAAGAGGAUAAUGCGUUACUGUCCAGCGGUUUUUUGGCAAGAACAGUUGCCACAGUGACGGCAACAGAUAAGGAUUCUGGGAACACCGAAAGAAUGACUUAUGAACUGACCGCCGGGAACGAAAACAACAAAUUUAACAUAAAUUCACAAACAGGCGUGAUAUCUACUCAAGGCUUCAUUAACCGUGAAGAUCAUUCUUCUUACGAGUUAGUUGUCAAGGCAACUGAUCAAGGAAGCCCACCUCAAUCCAGUUUUAGUCACGUGGUUAUAAAUAUCAUCGACGUGAACGAUAACAUCCCAGUAUUCACAGGGCCUUACACGGUGAACGUUAAUGAAGAUCUCAAAGUUGGAUCUGUUGUGAAGCGAGUCAUUGCAGUUGACAGGGAUGAGAACCCAAACCUGGUUUAUUCCUUCAGUGACGGUACGUUCAGUCAGAGUGUAUUUAACAUUGAUGGUUUCACUGGAGAUGUAACUCUGCGCAGAUCACUCGAUUACGAACUUACACGAUACCAUUUGUUGUACAUCAAUGUCACUGAUGGAACCUAUCAAUCACAGACAACUUUAACGGUUGACGUUAAUGACGUUAAUGACAACGCUCCCAGUUUCCUGAACAGCUCCUAUCACGCCACGUUAUCUGAGGAAACCGCGGCCGGAACUUCAAUCCUGCAAGUCAGUGCCGAAGACCGAGACAGCGGUACAAACGGUCAGCUAAGCUACGCAUUCGUUUCUUUCGUUGACGAUUUCAGGAUCAACGCAACUUCCGGUGUUAUCUACACGGCGAAAAAAAUCGAAGUGAGCAUGCGCGAUUCUCUUCUCGUCAUUAGUGUGUCUGCAACCGAUCAUGGGGUCCCCCCUCAGCGUGCCUUUGUCGCUGUGCAGAUUCGAAUCAACCGAAUACCGAAGUUCGCGGAGGCUGCGUACGAAGCAAGCAUUCCCGAAGACACCGAACCUGGCACUUCUGUCCUUACGGUCAAAGCUGCUGAAGAUGAUUCGGGGAUUAACGUAGCGAAGAUCAGUUAUGCUAUUAAAUAUGGUAACUCUCAAUCGCUCUUUCGAAUCGGGCGCCGAAGUGGAAUUAUUGAAGUCAAUAAACGAGGCCUAGACUACGAAAAAAUAAAGAGCCAUUUGCUUGGCGUAGAAGCGAGAGACGACAGCACCAAUAAAAGCGUUGUUGUGAGAGUUAAUAUUACAAUCACAGAUGUCAAUGACAAUUCACCAGUCUUUGAUCCCGACGAAUACAAGGAGCAAGUCAACGAAGAUGUAUCAGUUGGCACGUCACUUCUCCGAGUGACUGCCUCGGACGAGGACUCGGGAACUAACGGACUAGUAAGUUAUUCUAUCGUCUCAGGAAAUGAUAAGCAGUCUUUUGACAUUGACAGCACAAGCGGUGAAAUCAGCACAAUCAAGAGCUUGGAUCAUGAGAGUGCGAAGAAGCAUCUGCUAUCAGUACAAGCCAAAGAUCAAGGUCAGAUACUAUUUUAUUUGUCGCAGUUUUUCUCUUAAUUUCGCGCCUUAUUUAUUUAAGACGGAACAUCCAAAGGCUUUACAUCUUAAGAAAAAUGCCACAAUAUUUGUUUUGGUACGGCUUAAUUGCCUCAGUUUUACAUGGUCACACUUGAGGAUCUCAACCACAGACAUACUGAUUUUUUUUUCUCGGUUCCAACUGUACCCGGCAGUAGGCCCGUAAACUGUCUUUCGAUUUUGGGCUUUGACGUUACUCUUCCUUUAUUAUUUUUUCAGGUCUCAAUCCAAAGGCUAGGUGGUCACUGGCACCUGUAACCAUCAUAGUAGGUGAUCUCAACGACAACAAACCGGUGUUCAAAAUUCCUCUCCCUGGGGAGGUGGCAGUGGAAGAGAACUCUCCUGUGGGUACCCCGUUCUAUAAGGUCGUCGCUAUAGAUGAAGACUCAGCUAGCAAUGGUAGAGUCACGUAUAGCAUCACAGGGGGGAGUGGAUACGGGCUUUUUGUCAUCGAGCAGUCUAGCGGAAUGCUUAGUACCAACGUUUCUUUUGACUACGAGACCCGGUCGCUUUACGUCUUGGAAAUUACUGCUGUAGAUUUAGGAAACCCUCCCCUCUCUAACAAACUUAACUUGACAGUUUACGUGAAGAGUGUUGACGAGAAGGCACCCGUGUUUGCGAAAGCCAGUUAUUCAUUUUCUGCUAUUCCCGGUAACGCGGAAAUUGGACAUCGCGUCGGCUUUGUCAAUGCGACGGAUGAAGACGGUGGAGAAGACGGCGUGAUACGUUACAAGGUGGAUUUCAGUAGUAAGAAUGUCUUCGGAAUCAAUGAAACUUCUGGAGAGAUCUUUGUGAACGAUUCCCUUAAAGGAGAUGGUAAUAAUGAUAAUAAGCGCCGCCGAAGAAGUAUCGAGGAAAGUAAAGAACAGCACUCAGCUCGGAGAGUCAGACGAGAGACUGGCGUGACACGUGUCACGCUACGCAUACGAGCCGAUAGCGGGAAAUCCGAUUCGAAAUCCGACAUUGCUUCGGUGUACGUGGACAUUGAUUUCUCAUGUCCCGGAUGUGGGACUACAGAGGAACAGGUUGAAGAAAACGGAACGUCCGAAAGGAUUAUUAUCAUUUGCUUAGCUGUCGUAGCUGGAGUUAUUUUAAUCGCUUUUAUCGUUUUUAUAGCAGUUCUCUUCAUGCGAAAGAAGAAAAAGAGGAGAAAUCGUCAGAAUGGUCGCUUGGGGUUCGAUGGUUCGUUUGAUGAGAUCACGGUGCACCCUUCCCCUCCGAACGGAAACAUCAACCACGUGGACUCUUCACUUGAAAACGUCUCUACCCCGCGCGGUUAUUCCCAAGAAUGCUCCCCCUUAAACGGUCCCAGCGACUCUCCUGCGCGCGGAACGGAGUCUUCGGACACUCCGAACAGCGCGUCAAGUGGCCGAGGCUCUUCCGAAGGUGUAGAUUUCGAGGUCGAUCAUCCGCCAAUACUUGUGAACGGAGAUAUAGGAAGCCUUCACUCGGAGAAUUACGUUAAAACCGUGAUGGGACCUGAUUCUGGUAUUCAGCAAGAUUCUGAUCAAGUUUCUCAACUUACGAUCAGCGAUGGAAGUAGUAUGACACACGGAGAAGGCCUCGCAAUUGAUAAGCAGAGCGAUAAAAUCGACAGAAGAAUAUUCGCUCGGAUUGUAAGUCAAGAAAGUCUUCACGUGUUUGGUGAAGAGGGAGGUGGAGAAGCCGAUGGUGGAGUUGAUGUCGGUAACUUGUUGUACGCGAAGCUUUCCGAAGUUGACGCUGACGAAGAUGAAUCGAUCAUCGAUGGUAUGCAGCCGUACAUCGACGAAGGUCACGAUCAUCCUUCUUACGGAGGCUCGUUAAGUUCGAUCGUAGGAAGUCGUGAGGAACUAACCGGAAGUUACAACUGGGAUUACUUGUUGGACUGGGGCCCUCAGUUCCAGCCGUUAGCUGACGUUUUCUUAGAAAUCGGCAAAAUGAAAGACGAUAACCCUCCAAAGAAAACAAUGAGUUUGAGCUUACCUUCAAGUCGUGAUUCGCGGAAUCCUCCCACUGGAAUGUUAACAACAGAUAUGCUAUCUUCAGUGUCCUCCUUACCUCGUUCACCCAUCAGUCCUCCUUCCACCCGCUACUCAUCUCCUGCUUUUUCUCCCAACUUUACUCCCGCCAUUACACCGUUAGUGACUCGUUCUCCGUCAGUUUCUCCCCUGGACACGGGAACUCCUUCUCCAGCGGGGACCACGCCCAAAUCAGGAUCCAGGCCAUCUUCAAUGCACGUCUUGCAACUAAGAAGAGACUCGCACGAUGGAUCGAAUUCAGACUUGACUCAUUCGCCGUCAAUAUCAGACAAUGAAUCGAAUCUAGAGGUCGACGUAUAGUGGAUUACAUUUUACUAUCAAACCGUAGUCUUAAGGCUUAUUGAAGACAAGUUCUCUUUUCUCUCAGUAAGGUUAUUCUCCAUAAGCUUUUUGCGAUACUUCUUGCGUAACUAUCCUGAAAAGAAAAGAGGACCUAUUAACAUCCUACAUGGACUGCUUGCACCUCCUUUUCUCUCUAGAGUCCCGGCCUUCUGUUCUUUUUAAUCAGAUCAUUUGUUCUAAAGUAGAACCACCGCUUAUGGACACUUCCUGCAAGCGGACAUGUAGUGAUGGUGGCAGCGACAUGAAAACCCUUUGCAUUUUAUAACUUUCCUUCAACCCCGUUCCCAGGCUCUGUCUCCUUGUGCUGGAGAGCCUGGGAACGAGGUCUCAGUGCAGUGGUGGUCGCGUAUGGAAAUUUCAACUGUAAUUUCUAAGAAAUGACGGAAAAGAAUGCUGUCAACAUUCUAACUUUGAAAGUCUGUAUUUACACGGGCUUAAACUUGUGUCUUUGUUAAGGUUUCACUCAUGGAAAUUUGAAGUCGCUAAGCAUGAAAAAAAUUCUUUUUGAGACGUUUUUACAAAGCUAAGUCUGACUAAAUUUUUGAACACGUUUUGGUUUAAAGGGUUGUGAGUCAUAAUCGAGCUUUUAUACGAAUGUAUAAUUCAGUUUAAUAUAAAGAUGGCGCAGUAAUUCAACGGACUAG